ACCCUGGCUGCGGCUGGGACGGAUGCAUGGGAGUUUCGGCCUGUCGCAGCAUUUCCAGCGACUUUUCUUCUGGGAUGCAUUUUACUGGUGGAUUUCUUACCUUUUGAAUUCUACACCAUGGAAACUGAAGAACACAAGCCUUACAAUGCCACACCUUACUAUUGCAAUAUUUGCAAAAUCUAUUGUGCAUCUCCUGUAAACUUGCAGACCCAUUUCCUUGGAAACAAGCACAAGGCGGUUGAAGAUGCCCUGAAAGCCCAUGGCAUUGUUAAACCUCUGAGUGCUACAGGGGAGCCAAUUAGACCACCAGAAAGCCUUCCAGAUUACAUUCAAACUGAGCCUGAAAAAGAUUUGGGAAAAACUUUGGAAGAGCAACUUAAUUCAUGUAAACAUACUGAACCUGCUCUUGGCCUCCAAUAUGUAACUGAAUAUCAGUCCAAAGAAAACCUAAUUUAUGAGUGUAAUCUGUGUGGGUGCCAAUCAGGACUGAGUAACAUGUUCAUGCAUGUUUUGGGUGUUAAGCACAGACUGGCAUACCUGAAAAGACAUUACCCUGAAGUUGCAGAUGUUAAAGGUCGAGGCUCAAACUUGAACAAAAAGCUUAAAGAGAUUGCUAAAAAAAUUGAACAGGAUGAAGGAAGAAAACAUAUAAUGGUUACAAAGGAUUUUCCUCUUCCAAAAGAUGACAGAUAUGCAGUUCAGUUUACGGAUUCUCUUGUUACUUGGUUUGCAGAAGAUGACAUAGAUAUAGGAGAGAAGAAGAAAGAAGACCCUAAAAAGGAUAAUGCAACAAAGGCUGAAGAAGAUGCCCCAAAAGCUGAAGAAACCAACAAAGAUGCAAAAGCUGAGUGUGAUGAUGGCAGCAAGCCUAAUGAUAACAAGCAGAUGGAUCAGAACAAAGAACAAGUAGGGAAUGCAGUAUUAAGUGAUUCAGAUGAAGAAUUUUCUAACAAUCAAGAGCUACUGAAGUACUUGAAAACCUUUGAAAUAGUAGAUGAAGAAGAUGCUUCCUUUAUAUUGAGUGUUACCCAGAAACUCACAAAUUCAUUGGUGGCAUAUCGGGAGAAGGUUUCAAGAAGAAAUAAAGUUUCCAAGCCAAAUUCCAAUGAAAGAGUUGAUCAAUCCGAGCCGUCAAUGACGACUUUUGUGAAAGGUGGUGAAUCUACCAUGGGUUUUUCAAGAAAGCAUCAUCUGAGUCAACAUUCCUGUGUAGAUAAGAGAACAAACCUGAAUAUCAAACCACCAUGUAAGCGCAAAGCAUCACAGCUGAAUGCAGAUGACAGUGCUAAAAGUCAAAAACUUGGAACCUUUGUGUCUACCUCUCAAGAAGAACCUAACAAAGCAGUCUUUUCUGAUGUUGCAAUGCAUUAUCCAGCCUCUGAGUACUGCUUACCAAAUCCUACAACAGAGAAAAACUCUUCAUCUCAGAAUCAGCCGCAUUCACCUAGUACUUCUCUUUCUGGGCCAUUGAUAUCUGAAAGUGAUGUCAUUUCAAAAUUUUUCAGCAGUAUAAGAAAUAUGGAUGUUGAUGAAGUUUCUGCUACCUUACACAAGAUAGCUGCCUCAAACCCAUCAUUUAGUGGAAUAGAUGUUCAAAAUGUGAUAAAGAUCCUAAGUGAGAGUGGGACCCUUAAAUCAAAGAAGAUGGCCAGCCCAAUUUGAAGAAAUAGUAAUCUGUGUUGAUUUUUUUUUUUUUUUUGCAUUGGCUGUCGAGUUAUAUUGUAAUUUAUUCUCAGAUUUGUUGACAAUACUGCAAAGUCUUUUUGUUUCUUCAAAUGUAUUCCCCUUUCAAAAUAAGACAAAAUAGGUAUUUUAGCCUUCUUAAAUUAUAUAUAUUGUGCUUAACUGAUUUACAAUGUGAUCUGUAAAUUAGUUAUCAUUGUAAUUAUGUUUUUAUUUUGUUAUUUACUUACGUUUUUAGAGGAAAAUAUUAACACCUAAUUUUUGUUCACUGUCCCAAAUAUUGGAUACAGAUGUGUUAAUAAAUAAAUCUUUACUUUUUAUAAAAUAGCUCA